AAUCACCUUUGGUAUUUUUAGCGACUUUCCGCCAACGAUCUGGCAACCCCGUUUUGCCAUUAACACAAAAAUCGCGGCGUCUGUCCAAUGUGAUUUUGAAAUAAAAACAAGUUAACAGCAUAGCGCGAUGAACGCAAACAAACGGAGAAGUUCGUUGCGCAAGGCGCCGACCAAAGAAGAUGAGACGACCACAACAUCCGCGAUCAAACAACAAAUCAAGCGACGCAUCAGUUUCAGUGGCAAGAAAUCCGUCAGGGAAUUUGUCAACACCAAGGAGACCAACAACUGGGACGACUCAUACGAGGUGUCGGAAAACCAUGCUGAGGACAGCUCGGGAUCGAAAUGCUUAAUAGGAUCAACUUCAGUUGCAAAGGUUCCCGAAUCUGCCGACAAGGAGAACAUUCCCCUGCGCAGCGUUUGUGAGCGGGAGCGUGUCGACCUGUCCGUGAAUCUUCAGAACAGCGUUGAUUUCACGCUGUUGUCUUGCGAAAUGAUGGACAAAUCCAGGAAGACCACCUCCUCCGCUGUGUCCUUUUGCUUGUCCUCCGAGGAGCGAAAACUGUUGCAAAUCAGUCUCAGCGACCGGCAGUUGGGGGACAAGACCAUGGAUCUGAUGUCCGGAUCUCUCGUAAACCGCAUUCAAAUCCCGCCAAGCGUUUGUGAGGAAUCCUCCUUCAAAUUGCAACCCAAAGAGAGAGAAAAGGGGGUACACACCCCAGCGGUCAAGGCUGUGAGUGACUCCUUCAUGGACAUCACGCCAUUGGGAUUUACUGAUCCUACUCCUGCUGCUCCUGCUCAUGCUGCUCCCGCUCCGGUUUCCGCUCCAGCUCCUGUUACAACUCUGUAUCCUCCAGCUCAACAAAGUUCAAUGGAGCUGGAAGACGACAGCAUUGUGAGGGAGAUGCGCGAGUUUACCAAAAACCAGACAAAAACACCGGCGCAGAAAUCACUUUUCAUAGAUAUAGAGGAAACCAAAAAUGAAAAAAAUGGAGCAACUGGAGGUGUAUUACUCCCAUUGAAUGCAGUUUCCAAUGACCGAGAUCGUUCGCCAUCAAACUCAUACGAGAGCCUUAACAGCACCAUGAACUUUACGAGAGAUGAGUCCAUGCUGAUACCAUUCGACAUGAUUUCGGGGAAAAACAUAAGCAAAAAACUCAAUUUCCGUCAACUCAACGAAGACCUAGAGGCGGGUAAGAUCCGGAUAUUUCCAAAUGGGCCAAAAACGCCGACAACGGAUCGCAAGGACAAGAAAAAUAGAUUUUGGCGUGGCCUGGAAGAGGAAGCACCAGACGAUAGAAGUCCAAAGAAGGAUAUAAGGAGCAUAAUGCCACGAGGAGCGUUAAAUUUCAGUGAGAACAUGACCUUCUCGCCGACGAAAACAAGUCCAGUUCGAAAGGACAACGAGCAACUGAAGGUGGUGGAUGAGAAGCAAAAGUAUCGACUGUCCCAGGCGGAUGAGAUGAUGCUUGACAAUACCAACUUCUUGGCUCAUGCCAGAUUGGGCGACGAAACCCAGUCGAGAAAUACGUCGAAAAACUCGACGAGGAGGGAGACCACUUACGAAAACCCGGAAUUGAAUUUGGAAUAUCCUACGCUAAGUCAGGACUUUCCACCGAUUCCGAGUUCCAAGCCUCGUAAAACUGAUUUUGUGGCUGAAGAGAUGCAGAUGAGUCAGAUAGAUUACGCUGCUAUUCCUGAAUUGAAAACUGUUCCCACACGACGCACCAUGCAUCUCAAUGAAUCCAUGGAUCAUGAAGCUACGAAGUCUACGUACGUGAGGAAGGAAAUUUCGAUUACCACGCAGGAGACUAUCUACGAAAAAUCCACAACCAACGAGCAGACCACCAACCAAAAACACACGGGUUGGGCCUACACUAAAACCAAACGCAGGGAGACGCUUUUGAUGCAGGAAAGCAUGGAGGAGGACAUCAUUAGUCCUCUCAAGGAUUUACAUAUAAAGCCCAAAGCGGCUCCCCGGGAAACAUGUCAAUCCGAAGUGGACCAUACACUUUAUUUAUCAGAAGCACUGGAAGAAACGUUAAACCAAAGUAAAAUGUUACCUAUUCAAAAUGUUUCCCCUAAAAAUAACAUCAAAGCGAGGAAAACCCUGCUAUUAGAGGAACCCAUGGAAGAGGAAAUGAGUAGUCACAUUGUUCACAAUUCCAAUAGAAAGACUAUGCACUUAGCGGAACCUCUGGAUGAGGAGGAAGUCAUUUCGGACAAGCACUUAUCAUUCAAAGAUUUCGCGCAUCAAAAAAACAAAUCCAAGGGUCGGCAAACUGUUUUGUUAGAAGAGCCCAUGGAAGAGGAAAUAUUUCUUAAUCAGAAAAAUCCACCAGAAUUUGAUUUGAAAAGAAACAAGACAGGACCUCUGGAAUACAGUCAACUAAACCAAGGCAAAAGUUUCACUUCGAAAAACAAAUCCAAAGCUAGACAAACUCUCCUGGUCGAAGAACCAAUGGAGGAGGACUCCGAAUGUAACAGUAAAGAUCCACAAACUUAUAAUAAUACCAAACCUGGAGAGGACGACAUAAAUAAGAUCACCAAGUCCAGACAAACUAUUCUUAUGUCAGAACCUUUGGAGGAGGAUAUGUGCCUUCCAUUGCUAAAGAAUAAGUCAAUAGUGUCCCAAAAAGCAAUAGAUGAAUCAUCUAAGAGGCAGCGACCAAAAUCGAGGCACACUCAAUUAUUCUCUGAGUCCAUUGAAGAAGAACGUAUUCAGGAGGACCUGCCAGCUGGAAGGGAGACUGGAUCAGCUAGACAACAAAGUUUUAAGCCAAGGCAAACGCUUAUCAUGGCAGAACCCAUUGAAGAAGAUGUUGGAGAGCCUGGAUUUAAGUCACAUGUGAAUAUGGUGCAUAGUAACACCACAGAUUCGUCGACUUCCAAAGCAAGACACACUCUUUUGAUGUCCGAACCAAUUAAACAUGAACUAACUAACGAGACAUUAAACGAUGAGAAAAUCAAGAAGAACCUGUCAGCUGGAAGGGAGAAUGGUUCAGCUAGACAACAAAGAUUCAAGCCAAGGCAAACGCUCAUCAUGGCAGAACCCAUUGAAGAAGAUGAUGGAGAGCCAGGAGUUAAGUCACUUGUGAAUAUGGUGCAUAGUAACACCACAGAUUCGUCAACUUCCAAAGCAAGACACACUCUUUUGAUGUCCGAACCAAUUGAAGAAGUACUAACUAAGGACCCGCUCAACGAAGAGAAAAGAAAGAAUACCAGCACCAAUAGGACCCUAAUACCGAGGCGGACCAUUCUGAUGGCGGAACCGAUAGAAGAAGAGAGUAAUACGUCUAUCGCUGACAAAAUCAGUCAAUCUCAUUAUAAAUCUAACCGCACGGGAUUUAUGAAAGAAUCUUCUGACGAAAUGGUAUUCGAAAACGCUCGCCAGCCAACCAAACCGCGUCAAACUCUGCUGAUGGCAGAGCCUAUAGAGGAAGAUGUGUUCAAUCAGUCAAAGGAUCAGCCGAAGCCACACCCUGUUUCUAAAGGUAAGAUCACUCGGGAGCACUCAAGACGCCACACGCUGAUAAAUGCUGAACCCAUUGAAGAGGAUUUGGACGUACGUAAACCGCUGGAAAAUUCUAAGGAGUUAUCUGUGACUGCCAGAAUUAUUCAAUCAUUCGCGGAACCCAUUGAAAAUGCUAUUUUUUCUAUUACUGAUCAAAUAUCUAAGCAUCAAUUUUCCGAGUCGGCUAAAACUCUUUCUAAGGCAGAGCGUUUAAAAAAAGAUUCGCAACCCGCAAACCACCUCCACCAAAAGCCGAGAAACACCCUUAUCUCGCAUGAUUCUAUUCAGCAGGAUUUGAGAGCCGAAGAGGAAAGCUCUUCAGUUGGACCCCUGAGAUCUAGAUGCAGACAAACUCUUACCAUGGCAGAGCCCAUCGAAGAAGAUAUGAGUAUCCAUAGUAUGACCAAGCAAAAUAAUACCAAUCAAUCACAUUUGGAAGCUAUAAAUGUACCAAAGUUUGGUGGAUUGAGGAAUAUAAGUGCUAAAACAAGACAAACCUUGCGUAUACCGGUGCCCAUUGAGGAGGAUUAUAUUCCACACCCACAGCAUAAAACGGUGGUCAAGGGCAGAACUACGCUGCUUUUGUCCGAGUCCAUAGAAGAUGUAUCCGCUCAACUUACUGGAAAUUCGGAAAUGAAAUUAAUGGGUUCAAAGGUUUCAGCGGAGCCCAUCGCGGAGGAUUUGGUCGCCAAAAGGCCACAGCUGUCACAAGCCGUGGAGGUGACUUUACCCAGAGGGAGCCAAGUUCCCGUGGCUCCGUCAUCCAAAAGACGUACAGUACUGUUAUCAGAACCCAUGGAAGAGGAUGAGGGGAGUUUUGGUGAUAGCUACCCCCCAAUUGAGCGACAAGUUUCUAAAAUAUCAGAAAACCCAGAAGUAAAUAUCAAUUCACCCAACGAGUCCGUUCAAAAGGAAGAGAUGGGCACUUCUCCCAGUGCGAGGACCCAUCAAUCCAUGGCUAUGUCUGAAUCAAUGGACUUCCAAAGUCCGGCAUUCAGGUCGAGGGGUCCGGACUUCAACGCAAUGACUCCGGGAAUGUCGCUGACUGAAUUUAUGGAUCAGGAGGAGAUAUGCAAAACCCCGAUUCACAAAAGAGUGCUCAUGACUUCUCAUCGCAAAAAGUUGUCCAUGUACCAACCAGUUCCGAUAGAUCUUGAGGGAGAUGGCACUCCGAAAAAUCCCUGUCAACUAAAGCGCCUACCCACGCAUCUCACGCCAAAUCUUCCAGAGUCCAAGAAGCGACACACGCAUUUAUGUACUAAUAGCAACAUUGAUACCGAAAUGGAGGACGAUCAGGAUGGUGCUUGGGGAACGACAAACAUUCAGAUGAAUUCACGGGCAAAUAAAUCACGCAGGACCUAUACAGUGGAGCAGUUGGAUGCGUCGGUGCAGCCAGUAAGGGACUAUAAUCCUGUAGUGACUGAAUUGGACAAACAGGGCGGUCUUGAUUUGCUGGUGCUGCCGCGAAAAUCAGCAUAUGACUUGGAUCUAGAGGAGAAACCCAUAACUAUCUCCGAUGUGCACAAUUACUUCCAGGAGCAAAAGGAGGAGCAGCGCAAGUCUAGCGAAAGGGAGAGCGGCAGCUCCAACGAUAGAACCUUCAAGAGCUACGCCGCAACGAAUUCAAAAUUCAUCAAUCUGACCGGGAACACCACAAUAUUUGCAGCCGCAGAAAUUUUGGGUGGCGACGAUAAGGAACAGCCCCAACAGAUAGACAACGAGCAGCUAAGUCUGGUUUCCACGCUGGCGGAGGAAACAGACGAUGAUGACGAGGAGGACGAUGAGCAAGAACAAGACAAGCAUCACUUAAAAUCUGAAAUCUGCGAAGGUCAGCUUAAUGCAAUGGUAAAAGCUGGCAGCGAAGGCUCCUGCAGAAAGUGCGCGAAUUGCAAUCAAACUUUAAGCGAAACGAGGUUUAGUAGCGAUUCAUUUAUCCUGCCACCCCAGAAAUUGUGGGACUUUUCAAAGCAACAGCAACGGCUGCGCAAUAUAAGACAGAAGCCGUCUUGGAAGGAUGUGAACAGUUACUGGGAGAUCGAGGAGGAGGCUCGGCUGUCCAGGAACCAGGACUCUGACGAUUCAAUGGAGCAGACCAGGGUGGAGGAUGAGCCAACCAAGUGGAACAAAGCGGCGCUUCUCGAAAUGUGCAAGAUACAAACUGGACAACAUAAGGUCAAAGCCAAACCCCCGGAAUCUUUCUUUACACGUCUCAAACGCUUGCUGGUCGAACAGCAGCCCAACUGGAUAUUCGACUACCAACGUAAAGUGUCGCAGCAAUUGAUAUUUUACCACCGCCAGCUGACCACGUUCCGAAUCGUGGUAAACUACCGAAUGGAAGACUUGGUGGAUGAGUCGACCAUUAGCGUGUGUUCCAUUGAAUUAGACAAUGAGGUGCCCACUCCAAAGGAACAAUGGUCAACGCGUGAACACUUUUUAAACUUCCACUUAAGUCUCAGGCUGCCCCUGAAUCCUGGAGACGAGAUCGAUGGCAGUGAUGAGGGAGCUUUUUUAAAAUUUCUCAACGGCAUUGAUCGGAGAAUUGCAGAUGUCAAGCAAAAAUUUCACAAAGUUUUAGCCCUUCUAGCACAGAAAAGGGCGAUGCUUGUAAGAGAAGCAAAUCGAACUAUUGUCAGAAAGAUAGUACGAAAAUGCAUCGAGCAGGAACCCGUUGUGCGUCUCGAGAAGAUCAGUUUCCUUAUCGAAAUUGGCAAUAUUGAAGACACUUCCUUCACGGACAUCCUACGCCCUGAACUGCAUCUCUUCAAUGAAAACAUUCAGUAUCUGCCCAAGGGAAUUCCCUUUCUGGAGGCCUUUCUUACCGAUCCCGAGCAGUACCUUAGGAAAUAAAUCUGUAUAUUAGAGUAUAAAAUAAAUAUUGUAUAAAAA